UACGCCGAGUAUCAUUAUCGAGUCGACUCGGAAUCUCCGUGUUUUUGCUAUUUUCUUGUUAUUCACAGUCGCCACCGUCAAAGUUUCUCACGUUCUCUAUCGAUAUCUUCAACGAAAUUCUAGAUUUUCCUCAAAUGUUCUCUUCUUCGUCUUCAGUAGAUGGCGACGAGGCUCUUCGACGAAGCCGUAUCCUUUCAAGCAAGCUCUACCUCGAUGUCCCUCAGUUCAAGGCUCCAGUUAUCUAUUCGAAGUCGUACAAUAUAGCUUUCCUGGGAAUAGAGAAAUUGCACCCAUUUGAUUCAUCUAAAUGGGGAAACAUUUGUCGACUCCUUAUUGCAUCUGGAAUUCUAGACAAAAGUUGCAUUGUUGAGCCUCAGGAGGCUUCCAAGGAUGAUCUCCUUGUGGUACAUUCAGAAUCUUACUUGAAUAGCCUGAAGAAUAGUUCGAAGGUUGCUAUGAUGAUUGAGGUACCUCCAGUGGCACUGUUUCCCAAUUGUCUGCUGCAGCACAAAGUUCUCUUCCCAUUUCGAAAGCAGGUUGGAGGGACUAUAUUGGCAGCAAAACUUGCAAAGGAAAGAGGAUGGGCCAUUAACAUAGGUGGAGGCUUCCAUCAUUGUUCAGCAGAAAAAGGAGGUGGAUUUUGCGUGUAUGCAGAUAUUUCUCUAUGCAUCCGCUUUGCUUUUGUUCAAUUAAAUAUAUCAAGGGUGAUGAUCAUUGAUCUUGAUGCACAUCAAGGAAAUGGUCAUGAAAUGGACCUUGCCAAUGACGACCGAGUCUAUAUCCUGGAUAUGUACAACCUGGGAAUAUAUCCCUUUGAUUAUGAGGCCAGAAGAUACAUAAAUCAGAUAGUUGAAGUGGAGAGUGGGACACGUACAGAGGAUUACCUGCAGAAAUUAGACAGAGCACUUGAGAUUGCUGGCCAUAUGUUUGAUCCUGAGUUGGUCGUUUAUAAUGCUGGAACUGACAUUCUGGACGGUGAUCCAUUGGGAAGGUUGAAGAUCAGUCCUGAAGGAAUUGCUCUUCGGGAUGAAAAAGUUUUUCAAUUUGCGUGUGAGAAGAAGGUUCCAAUUGUCAUGCUCACAUCAGGUGGUUACAUGAAGUCCAGUGCAAGAGUCAUCGCAGAUUCUAUAGUCAAUCUUUCGAAUAGAUGUUUGAUCGAUACUAGACAAAGUUCAAAGUUUAAAUAAGAUGCUGUGCAAUUCCAGGUCCGUGGCCAGAGUUUCCAAAGCAUAAUCUGGAUCAGAAUGUUGCUGUAUAAGUUGAACUUCAGUGUAUAGUUUCCCCCUCCUAUAAAGGAGGUGCAAUAUAGAUCUGAGUUGCUAGUUUUUAUCUGUUGACGUGAAAAUGGAGUCUGCAUAAAUGAGUUAUGUUUAGUGAAUAAUUUUUCACUUUGAAGCAUUCAAUCAA